AUGGGCUCCUUGUGUGAAGAAGUCCAAGUGAUCAUUGUCGGCCUGGGAAUCGUCGGACUUGCCGCAGCGAUCGAGUGUCGAGAGAAGGGCCAUAGUGUCCAGGCCUUUGACAAAAGCGAUAUACUGAAGCCCAUUGGAGACUGUAUUGGUCUACAAAGCAACGCAACGCGCAUCAUCGAACGAUGGGGCGCUGGUGCUAUCCACGAAACUCUUCGACCUUGGAUGGUGUCGUCCAAGGAAAUAAAUAUACAUAACUCUUCCGGCCGUGCGAUCAUCCGACAGGACCUAUCCGAAGUCUGCAAGCGACCAAAUUACCUCCUCCCGCGGUCAGAGCUCAUCCGAGUCAUGUAUGAGCACGCGCUCAAGAUCGGGGUCCAAAUAAGCCUCGGCGUGGAAGUUUGUGACCCUUUCGAAGACGAAGAUGGCGCCAGUGCUGUCAUCAUUUCCCGAGCUGGCGAGCGACGAAGACUACAAGGUGACUGUAUCAUUUGCAGCGACGGUGUGCACAGCAAAAUGCGGAAGACGAUCAUGCCGCAACCUGUUGAGCCUCGUCCGUCUGGGUACGCUGCUUUUCGGGCUCUGGUAGAUACGGAGAAACUCAAGGGUGACUCCGAAGCGAGCUGGGUGUUUGAAGGAGUUCAAGAGGCUGAUCGAUUUGAUGUCUUCUUCCUUUCUGGCGCGCAAAUUGCUCUGCAGUCGUGCAAUAAAGGGAAAUUCUUUUCUUGGUUCUGCAUUCAUCAGGAUACAAGAGACCUCCAAGAUGUCUGGACCUCCCCUGCCGACCCCAACGAGAUGCUGAACCUGAUCAAGUUCUGGCCCAUUGGGCAGCGCCUCUGGUCCGUGAUUCGACAUACCCAGCCUCAAAAAUCAUUGGGUAUCCAGCAAUGGUCGACUGAUUGUUAUUGGGGACGCGGCGCACCCCCUCUCCCUGCAGCAGGGCAGGGCGCGUCUCAGGGAAUAGAAGACGCAAACGUCCUAGCUACUACUUUGUCUCUGGCCGGAAGAAAACAAGUCUCCUUAGCUCUCCGCGUCACUGAAAGGAUACGCUAUGCUCGAGCCUCGGCUGUACAGCUGAUAAGCCAUCGCGUGAAUGAAGGCUGGCGGAAUCAAGACUGGGAUGCCUAUGAGCCAGACGAACAAAACAUUGCCUCUCUUCCGCUCGAGACGUGGAUCUAUGGCCACGACAGCCAGGCUUACACUGAGCAGGAGUUCGAAACAGUGGUAAAGGCAGUCCAUAUGGGAAGAGAGUAUCACGCCACGAACCUGCCAGACGAUUUACGUGCACAAUUGGGGAUUCGGAAUGUUGUGGGUCAAGAGCACUUGAAAAAGCCAGUCUAUAAAGCUUAG